GUGUGUGUGUGUGUGUGUGUUUUCUUUUUAAGUACCAGAACAGAACGACUUUCGAGUUAAUUUGUGUAAGGGUUCUUAAACGUGUAUUCUUUCAGCAUCUACUACAAACAGUGUUCCCUGCACUGAAUCUCCAGCGCGAACACACAAGCGCGACUAGAGUAGUCCGGUUCUCAAACGAAUGACGCUUAUGAGUCGGUUCUUUUUAGUUAACUCAAUACGACAGGGUGCCUGUCUAUAAUGCAUUCAGAUUCCCGAAUGAAUGAUUCAACUGAGCCGGCUAUUUUCAGUGUAUGAGUAGCCAGGUUCUUCUCAUUGAAUCAAAACAUUUAUAAAUCAAUCGGAGAGGUUUUAACCCGCUACUGUUACUCAAGACUCGUGAGACUUAAAUCAAUGCAGCUUGGUUGUUUAUAUGAUACGAUGCUUUUAAAGAUACACAUUCUGAAUCUUGUUGUGACAACUGGUAUUUAAAUGAAUGUUUUUUUGUGUGUGUGUGAGAGUGUGUGUUUUGUUUAAUAGGCUGUGUAGCCUAUUUAGGACUGCAUUGCCUAAUUAUGCCAGUUUUUAUAAAGAUAAAAACUGUGUAAAAAAGGGAAAAGUCUGGGGAAACAGACGUUUUGCAAUAACUUAAUUUUACUUAAUUUUGAAAUGUGAAAUUAUCUUAUAAAUAUCAAACAUAAUGGUUAAUUGAAGUGUUAAGGAAUCGACACAGAACCAUAUAUCGCUAGUUCUGGCUGUUUGACAUGCUGUUAAAUGUGUAGACUUUGAAUUUGUGGGCGAUGAUGAUGAUGAUGAUGAUGAUUAUGAUUAUGGUCUCUAUGGUGUGUUGCGUCAAAAACACAGGUGAGUGUGAAUGAAUAUUUAGCUCAUGCAGACCCGUUUCCUGGAAGAAAUAUCGAUUUAAUCCUUUUUGUUCUGACACUUAUCCGAACUUAAGCUUAAUGGACUUUUUGCUGACACCAGUGCCAGCCAUUUUUUUUCUCUCUCUCUCUUGACCUGUUUAUUUUACUGCAAAGGCACAUUCUGCAAAUCAAUUUCAUGCAUGAUAAAUCUCAACAGAACAAAACUUUAUUAAAUUGCUAACCUAGCCAGCUGUUCUGCAAAAGUUUCAUCUGAAAGAGAUAAAAGUCUCAAGGUGAAAAAAGGCACAGGAAAUGAGUGAUGAUUCAUAGUCAAUACAGAUUACAGAGAUCUGAUCAUGUCAGGAUUAAAAGCGGAAGCUGUGUGCCACCUUGCAUUUAAAUCAAGCCCAAAGUCACACAGAUCACUUGACCUUCAGCACCCAGGCGUUGAUUUGUGACACAGCCUAUUACCGUGAGUCCCCGAAUCAGCCCAUCAAAGAAGAGAGGCACUCUAAAGAGCUUCUCAUCAGAACUCAAUGAAAUUAGCUCAGGCUGAAUGCACCAUAGCAACUGGAAGAUCAAAUUCCUCUUUAAAUUUUUGACUUUUAGAUGUAUCAAUAAGAGUAUACUAUAGAACAAAAUUAUUGAGACUAUAUUCCAUUUAAUAACAAUAUUACAUUGAUGAUUAUAUAUAUAUUAUUAUAUAUAUAUCUGAACAUGCAUUCAUAUACACAAUGUGUAUAGAUGUUUAUACAUUUAGGCAGUUUGCAGAAACUCAAAUCAAAGCAAGUUCCACUGCAUUCACACAUUUUACCAGUUCAUUCAUUCCCUGAGAAUUGAACCUAGCACCAUGUGCUCACAUUUAAGCUACAAUUUAAAGGGGCUUGUUCAUGAUAAGCUAGAACAAAGAGAUGUAUUUUACAGAGUUCUAAGAGUCAUGGAAUCCCUGAAAAUACAUGUUUUGUUAACUUUAAAUUAGAUUUUAAAUUCACUGUGACUGUUUGAACUCUGUAAAAUAAGUUUGCAUCUCUGUGUUCUAGCAUGAACAUAGACAGACAAUGGAAGAUGAUAGAUAGAUACAGAAGAAGUGCACAUCUAGCCUUUUUUUCGAGGUUUCUCGUUGGCUUGGCUGUGAAUUAAAAUGCAGUCAAUUCAAAGAAGGCACAUUUCAGUUUCACCCACACAUUUCUAAGUAACUGAUAGGAUCAAGGCAGACUGAAUUCAUUUUUCAGAGUGAAUGAAAUGCUAUGCAGCUGACCGCAUCUCCACGUUAUGAUUCCAGACAGUGAUAUUUUAUUUUAUUUUUUGUACCUAACUAUCUAUCUCAGGCUUACUGCAUAAUCACUGCGGUCUCAACACAGCUCUCAGAAUUAGCUCACAACGCCAGCCAAAUCUGUGUGGUGCGGUGUGAACCCAGGCGGAAAUAAUGACAGAAGGUGACUCUGUCGGAGAAAGGCGGGUGUUUCAGCAAUGCUUGGCUUUAUACUCGUUCUUGGCCCAGUGCUGGAACGUCCAGGAAAAGACAAACAAAACAAAUAAGAGUAGCAGAGAUUAGUGCAAACAUUAUAACAGCAACAAGAUUGCAAGAAUAUUAAGCAGUUUUUAUGAACAACUAGCAUCACAUGCCAGAAGAUUUGGGAGGGAUUUCAUUGGUAUUGCAGACCGAUGCACAUCUGUCAAGUACCAUUUCUCCCAACCCAUUAGACUCAGGAACAUCCCUCUCAACCUGACAAGGACCAUACAGCAGGACGAGUGGCACCUCUUACAUCUGCGGCGCAUCACAGCAGGGUUCUUGGGCAUGGCUGCUGCCGUGAUGCUGUGUGGAAGCAUUGUGGCCGCCGUGGGAUUUUUCUGGGAGGAGAGCCUCACCCAGCAUGUGUCUGGACUCCUCUUCCUUAUGGCAGGAAUCUUUUGCACAAUCUCACUGUGCACCUACGCAGCCAGUGUCUCAUACGACCUAUCCAGAAACCCUCCUUUCAUCUACGGUUUGCCCAGUGAUGUAGACCACGGGUACGGAUGGUCCAUCUUCUGCGCAUGGGUCAGUCUGGGCCUAACAGUGGCAUCAGGUUGCAUCUGCACAACUUAUCCAUUCCUGAGCCGCACAAAGGCUCUUCGCUCCAAAACGGCAAGGGAGUCGUCUGUAUGAGUGCCCCCUGGUGGCCUGGAGGACUAAGCAAAUCAUUAAUCAGCACUUGGCGCUUUAGUAAAAUGGAUUCAAGUGGGACUUCAUGCUGUAUGGAGCUGUUUUGAAUGUCUUGUAGAUUUCAGAUACCUUCGUUGGGCUCAUGAGAUGUAUCAGUGUUAAACAGAACAAAACUGUUGCAUUUCCUGUGUGUCUUCUACACACAUUUGCUUACACACACACGUUAAAAAAAAAAAUAUUAAAAUACACACAAAUAUACAGUAUGUGUGAAUAUAAUGAACAAAACCUUUGAUUUGAAAUGGGUAUGUGUAUGUUUGUGGGUCGUUGUGAUGCAAUCAUUCUCUGGAUCAGGUGAAUAUUCUACACACUAAGGAUCUGAGCCACAGUUUUUUAUGCAAACCAUCUGAAAUUCAAAUGAUUGCUCUGAUCAUGGUCAGUAUUAUUUUUUAUUAUGUGAUUAAAGCAUAUUGGUUUCCCUACCACUUGCAAACGGAUACAAGUUGACUAACCAUUGGCCUAAGAGCUGACAUGUCAAAUGAAAAUAUCAAACAGCUAAAGAAAUCAAUCAGGGAUGAACAGGAUGCUUCAUGUCAGCGCAUCAGACAAAUGUAUAAAGGCAUGAUUGCAUAUAUAUCACCUCUGGGUAACAGCUAGUGGCUGAUAUUCAAAAAGAUUGAAAAUUCAAAGAGACACAAGAAGUCUUGAGAUCUAAGACGUGGAUAUGCAAAUUUGUGAUUGGAUGAAAUGUCUCUGAAGAUUCAGGACUUGAACGUGGCUGUCACUAGCAGUGCAAUCGUAAUACGGCAGCAUGUUUUAAGUGGAUGCUCUCGAAUCUACCAGUCUCGCUAAUGAAAGGCCUCUCAUGACAUCACGUCAUUGUUGAAAAUACAAGUCCUUCCGUUCCACACGAAGCGACCAGGAUUAUAUUAACUGCUGGAUAUUGUUUUCCAAACUAAGCCAAAACAGUAACAUAUCCCUGAAACUGUACUGUUUGCCUCAAAACAUCUGUUGUGUUCCUGAAAGUGUAUUGUAAUUAAAAUAUUAUCAUGAUGAAAUAAAGAUCUACGAAGAAACCAUA